CGCGCACUUUCCAGCUAAAGACUGAAAUCUGCUGAACAAAUGCCCAGUGCACCCGCGGGCCACCACUAGGGAGCGCUGCUGGCUGUUUUCAAUCUAUUCGCGAGCAUGGAAGAAGAAUCCUGUAAACCGCCAAUUGUCUGUCAGAACAGGAAACCGCGGCCAGUUCAAUUUGAUGCAUUUUGUUUGGGAUAUUUACCUCCGUGUUUAUCCACUUUGACUGCAUUAGUUAAAAUACAAUCAACUGCACACUCUGAAAGUAUCGUUUGAGUUAGGAUAUCGAAUGAAACCACUGAAUUGGUUUGUAGCUGGCCAGCCAUCUGUAUUCAAAUUAAAGCUUGCUAUUUUAGCUCCUUUUUAGCUAUAAGUUAUAUAGCUAACGUUAGCAAGGUCGUACUAAUAGUUUAGGUAUUGUGGUAGGUUGGUUUCUGGUUUUCUGUCGCAAUGGGUCGAAGGCGAUUGGAUCGAAUGGCCACUCCGCUUCGGCGGUCAUCUCGUUUGAGAAAUAUCAACCCAGUCCCAGAGCUGAACACAAGGAAUGCGUAGAAAUAUGUCAAAUGUGUUCAAGGAUACAGAGGAGAUGGAUACGGAUACCCGGGAGGAGCAGCCAGAGGGGGGUGAGGAGUUGAGUGAAACUGUCGCCGCAGCCGAAACUUCCAAUAUCUCAAGUAAAUCCCACCCAGUGUCAACGGAGGGGUCCCUUGCCGGAGAACAGCUGGAUCAAAGCGGGAUGAUGAGUCCUGGAUAUUAUACUGUGGUCUUGAACCGACUGAAGUUUGAUGAGGUGGGUUUUGGGGAUGUAGAAAAAGAGGAACAGGAGAAAAAAGAGGAUGGAGAAAAAGACACCCGCAAAGCUGGCAGGCAUGCCACCUCUCGAAUCCCCACCUUUCAAAGUUCAUCAGCCCGAAAGCGUCCCACUGGACAAGCUGUGGAGCCAGUUGCACAGCCCCCAGCCAGGGAGGAGUCCUCCAGCCUUCCGGUCCAGCCCAAGGCAAAGAGUAGUGGCAGUGGCUCAUCUAAAGUGCCAGGAUCAGGGCGCAGGGAGACGGCCCUGCCUCUUCCCUUAGUACGUCUACCCACUGGCAGCAACGAUGCCAUGCUGCACAUAACUGCUGCCUCAUUGGACAGUCCCAUCCUGUCUCACAAAAGGAGCCAGUCCCCCAGUCUAACUCCCACUGGAGCAGCUGACUCCCAGCAACUGGAUCCGCUAGUCAUCUCUGCUCGAUUGCCAAUCCGGGCAGAGACAGGACCCCACAUCCCAUGCCUGCUUUCAGGAGCUGCCCAAGAAGUCACGGUUCAAACUGAAGCUGUGAGCAGGGGCCCUCCCCCCUAUAAAGACGAGCAGGCUGAGACAGAGGAGGCAGGGUUUGUGGCUGAAGAAGAGGUGGGGAUUGACUCCAGCACCCCACCUCUUCCUGAAGAGCAGAUAAAAGCUGGGGAUAGUGGGCAGAAAUCUGAAGCAUUAGAGGAAGAAGAGGAGGAGGAAGAGGAGCUGGCUGGGGGGGAGAAGAUUGAGCCCCUGGAGGAGGGUGAGGAAACGGGAGAGAGCAACGAGGGGUCUGAGUCAGAGCCCGAGUUCAACAAAAAGGUGCCCAGCCCAAGCGUGAAUGGAGCGGACUCACAGUCCAUUAAUGAGGGGUCUGAGUCUGAGCCCGAGUUCAAAGAAAAUGAGCCCAGCCCAAGCAUGAAUGGAGCGGAGUCACAGUCCGCUAAAGAGAAGGCCGAGGUGGAAGAGUGUGUGGAUCCAGGUGCCGACUUUGCGCUGGGAGAAGCAGGCUUGGGCUGUCAAUACAAGGCCAGCGUAGGAAACAAAUGGCCCAAGUCCACCAGACAGGAAAUAACCCCUGUGAAUCGGUCAAGGAGAAGCCAAGUCUCAAAGCUGGAAGUUAGGGAACCCCAAGGUCGCUCAUAUAAGCCUGCAAGCCGGAGUGUGAAAAAAUCCCAAGCGUCAACCAAGAGCUGCUGGCAGUGCUGUCCCCUUUUCUUCUUCCUCUCCAUCGUGCUCCUCCUGAUUGGUGGUGGGCUACACCUGUGGCGCUAUGGCACCCCUGCGUCCGUGUCUGACCUGCUGGUUCAGCUGGAGCUGGGCUGGCUGCAGGGCCUCUGGGGGGCACAGGAGCCCUGCAGUUCAGACUGCAGCUUUGCUCUGGUGGAAAGUCUCCCCGAGGGGCUCGUGUUCAGAGAUGGCUCCACGGUUUUGCCCUCCAUCUCGCAGGCCUGGAUCCAGCUGCUGAGCCAAGCCAACAGCACCGUCAGCAUCGCAGCCUUCUACUUCACCCUCAGGGCCUCGGACCAGGGACUGACAGAUAAGAGCGACCUGCAGGGUGAGCAGGUGUUUGACCAGUUAAUGAAGCUGCAGUCUCGAGGGGUUGAACUCAAGAUCGCUGUCAACGACCCUCAGACCAGCCCCCAGGAUACCAUCCAGUUAAACACAACAGGUGCAGAGAUUCGGAACGUGGAUCUCAAGUCUGUUACUGGAGGCAUCGUUCACACCAAACUGUGGGUGGUGGACAAUAAGCACGUUUAUGUGGGAAGCGCUAACAUGGACUGGCGUUCCCUCUCACAGGUGAAGGAGGUGGGAGUGUCUGUGGGAAACUGCAGCUGCUUGGCACAGGAUGUGUCACGGGUAUUUGGGGUGUACUGGUACUUGGGCUCUCCAGAAGGGAGUUCCCUGCCUCCUUACUGGCCCAGUCGCUACUCCGCCCUCUCCAGCUCAGAGCGUCCCCUACACUUGAAUCUCAAUGGUGUCCCUGCGCGGGUCUACCUGUCUAGCGCUCCUCCCCAGUUGUCCGGGCAUGGACGCACAGGUGAUCUGGCUGCCAUCCUGUCCGUCAUCUCCGAUGCCCAGAAAUUCAUCUUCAUCUCAGUCAUGGACUACCUGCCCUUUUCAGAGUUUAUAAAGCCACCCAGGUUCUGGCCUCCGAUUGAUUCAGCCUUAAGAGAAGCAGCAUGUGCCAGGGGGGUGGAGGUGAACCUGCUGGUCAGCUGCUGGCCACAUUCCUCUGGCUCCAUGUUCAUCUUCCUCGAGUCUCUCCUCGCCCUCAACCAACACCCCCUAAACUGCAACAUACAAGUGAAAGUGUUUGACGUGAGCUCCACAGCAGAGCAGCUGAAGAUCCCCUUUGCAAGAGUCAACCACGCAAAGUACAUGGUGACGGACAGAGUUGCCUACAUAGGAACAUCAAACUGGUCUGAAAAUUACUUCACCCAGACUGCUGGCGUGGGUCUGGUGGUGAAUCAGACGGGAGUCGAGGUGGGCAAAGGCCAAAAAACUGUACAGAGCCAGCUACAAGAGGUUUUCCAGAGGGACUGGAAAUCCGGAUAUGCCCAAGUGCUCUCAUCUGAACAUGUUAAUCGGUGUGGUAAACACAGAUAGAUAAACACGUGUACAUAUCGCAGUACAGAUAAUGGACAUACAGUUGGCUUUCUAUUAUUCAUAGAUGUUAAAUGCUUUCUAGAGCAGGGUUCCAUUUAUCUCAGGUAUACUUGAGCAUAGCUAAAUGCAUGCUGGCUCAGCUUGUGUGCUUGCGCACCAUAAACUCAUGGCACCCAGGUGGUUUUAAUUAUAUGUGUUCUGUGUUGUCAGAAUUUGUUGAUUUUACUUCUGUUCUGGGAUAUCUUUUGCUAUCAUAUGCUGUUUCAGUUCAACACAGUAUUUCUUGUUGUUUUUCAUUCAUUCAUUCAUUCGUUCAUUUCAGCUGAGAUUGUACAUAUUUUCUUUUUUUGCAUUCUUGUUAUCAUGACAUUGUCAGGAUAUUAAAUGAUUUUUCUAGUAA